AUGUCCAUCGCCCAGGGCGUUGGCCAUGACCGUAGCAGAGAUACCGGUGUUUCUCUAUUCCACAUUUGGGCAGACAGGAAGGCCUCGUCAUUCAAAAGAGGCCCGUUUACUGGCCGACAGAUGAUGAGUCCCAGCACCCGGAGCACCGACACCAUGAGUGGAAUUUCUUCCCUGGCCCCCAGUAAACACUCAAGCUCCUCACACAGCCUGGCAUCUAUGAGAGUCCCAAGCUCUCCAAAUCAGUCUGCCCAUCUGUCCACCCCCUGGGAAGCGGAGCCUGUGGUGGAAGAGUCGGGGGCAAUAGAGGAUGCAAACGCAGAGAAUCUCUAUGUAAUGGGGAUGGAGCUGUUUGAGGAAGCGCUACGAAAGUGGGAACAGGCCCUGAAUAUUCGCCAUCAGCCCAGCUCGACCUCCAGCAACAACAGCCUCGCUCUGCAGGGGGCAGCGUGUGGAGACUUUCCUAUGGUUGAAGCCGUAAAUAAUGUGUUUGCUGAGAAGCUGGAGACACUCCUGCACAGGGCGUACCACCUACAAGAGGACUUUGGCAGCAGCAUCCCAACAGACAGCGUGCUGGCAGAUUUCGUCAGAGUUUGUGGUGUUCCUUUGGCAGAGAGUGAAGGAACUCUUAUCUUGCCUCAAGUGGAGAGUUUCCACAGACUGCAGGAUGACGAUGCGACUACUGUUACCUCCGACGAGUCCUUCUUCUCGGCCGCAGAGCUGUUUGACGCCAUGUCGCUCCAAGACGUCUACCAACCAAUGAGGCCAGCAGCUCUCUAUGAAGAAGCCUUGUCUCUGGUCCGGGAGGGCAAAGUGCCCUACAGGUCCCUGAGGACUGAAUUACUUGAAUGUUUCGGUGACCAAGACUUCCUUGCAAAGCUUCAAUGUGUGAGACAAGCAUUCCAGGUCCUGUUGCUGGAUGAAACUCACCGCACAUUCUUUAUGGAGACGGGGAAGCAAAUGAUCGCAGGGUUAAUGGUGAAGGCAAACAAGAGUCCCAAAGCCUUCCUGGAGAGCUAUGAGGACAUGCUGCUCUACACUAAGAGAGAGGAAACGUGGCACGUCACUAAGAUGGAGCUGGAGGGCCGGGGGGUGGUCAGUAUGAACUUUUUCGACAUCGUGCUGGACUUCAUCCUGAUGGACGCGUUUGAAGACCUGGAGAGUCCUCCCUCCUCUGUGGUGGCUGUGUUGAGGAACCGCUGGCUCUCUGACAGCUUUAAAGAAACAGCUCUGGCAACUGCCUGCUGGUCUGUCCUGAAAGCGAAGAGACGUCUUCUGAUGGUUCCCGAUGGUUUUAUCUCCCACUUCUACGCCAUAUCGGAACAUGUGAGCCCAGUUUUAGCCUUUGGGUUUCUGGGACCCAGACAACACCUCAGUGAAGUGUGCACUAUUUUCAAGCAACAGAUCGUGCACUACCUGAAGGAUAUGUUUGAUCACGACAAGGUCCGCUUCACCUCCACUCAGUGUUUGGCUGAGGACAUCCUGAAGCUUUCCCACCGCCGCAGUGAGAUCUUACUGGGGUAUCUCGGCAUCAAUAGCCUUGUGGAGCUCAAUGGUGCCCUGCCCACGGACACAGAGGGCUCUCCGGGGCCCAACUGACACCAGUCGGGGCGUCACUGGGAUCGAACAGGCCGAACGCAGUCGGCUGACCAGUAGAGAAUUACAAGGACACGCAGCUCAUUGUGUAACUACGUUAAGUUUGAGGCUCCUGUGGUGCACUGAGAACCAGCAUCAUUCAUUCAUUUGUGUUCAUGAAACACAACUUACUGUGAGAGGAUAUAUUUCUGCAGUCUCACUGCUACUACUGAGGGAGUCUCCCUAUCAGCUGCUGUGUUGCGUAUCAAGAAUGCCGACUGCGGUCACGUGAUCUCAGACGUGUGAGGACCUGUCGACGUGGAUACUUCCUAAGAACACGGCAGAAUGAAGCGCUCCCAGGCCUUCUACUAUUUAACUCCACGCGGAUCGAGUCUCUUCGGGGAAGCAGAGGUUGCUUUGUAACCUUCCGUUCGUCUGACUUGCGGGAUAUCAGUCGUCGCUAUUAUUUGAAAGGAAAUGGCGCGAGAGCCUGUUGACAAAAGGAUAAAUGUUAAAACCGUGAUAGAUCCUGAGCGGCUGAGGACUUGUGAUGAAGGACGUAACGGAUUCGUCUCCUGACUGUUUACAUGCACAAGAUAUUCCCUUAUUCUGAAAAUGAAUACUCCACUAAUAUUGCCGUUUUACAUGCAGCCACUUCUCCAUCUGGACCUGAGGACCUGAGCCCCCCUCUUUCAUUCCUUUGCAUGUCCAGGUCAUCGUGGUUAAACGUGGGCGUGUUUCUCCCGCCGGCUUUGAGACGCUUAUUCCAAAUGAGCUGCAUCUGUAAAGAAUGAUGGGAAACAUUGUACAUUCAGAAUAAGGCCUGAACCGUUUCUAUGACACUUAUCCAGUUCUGAAUAUUGUCAUGUUCAGAGUAAUACUUGCAUGUAAACAUUCUCACUGACGGUUCUUGAAUCCUCUUUAAUCUGAAGAAGUGUUUGCUUUAAUUAAGCCGGCUAAGAUGUCACAUAUCCAAGAGACUGUUAAAUGCAAUAAGACAUCAAAUUAGUUCAGAGUAUCGACACGUGUACUCGUAUAGAAGUUGAAUUAUCCCAAAGUGUUCUCAGCCGACGAUAUUGAGGUUUUGUGAAGUGACGGUGAUCCCUCACAUUUUAUCUGCCGAUGGAUGACGUGAAUAUUAUCUGUUUUUAAUGCCACAGAGGCACAAAAAGAAACGUCCCACUACAAAUAACAAUGUGUGACGAUGUCUCCAUCAGUGUUGCACUUCAGCUCCCAGGGAGUAAUGAGUAACAUUAGAACUGGAAGUUUGAGGAAAUGCGUUACUUUGUGACAAACUGAAUGUUUCUUUUCUUAAAAUUAAUGUAUUUUAUUAAUUGGUUGAGAUACUUGAAUUGCUUCAAAAAAAAAAAAAUGUAAAUCCCUGAAUAAAAAUAAUAAUAAUAACAAUAAUAAAAAUAACAAUAAUAAAAAUAACAAUAACAAUAAGAAAAUAAUAAUAAUAACAAUAAUAAAAAUAAUAACAACAAUAAUAAUAAUAAUAAUAAUAAAAAAUAAUAAAAAUAACAAUAAUAACAAUAACAAUAAUAACAAUAAUAGUGAAAUUUGUUGAGGAUAAAGCACCAAAGCAAACCAAUUAUAUAAAGACAAGAAUCAAGGAUUUGAUUGUAAGAUUUGGAACAAUACGACUUCUAUGUUUUGUUCACAGCAGGAAAAGCACAAGUGUUAAAAGUUAAAACAGUUAAAUAUAACUGCUUUAUUCAAGUGAACCAAUAAGCCGCUCCGUCGCACCACAUCAGGAGGCUGAAAUUGAAGCAGCUAAAUGUUUGUUCUGUUCUGUUUUUGAGUUUGUUUGUCUGCAGGAUUGCACGGAGGUAUGCGCUCUCCGUCCUACCCUGCAAGAUUUACUAUCUCCACCUGUGCUCUUCCUACGGUCACAUGUCAAAAGGUCUCCCGUGAUAAAGUUCAAGUGCUCAACUUCAGAGACUUUGUAAAACAACACGGUCGCAUGAUCACAUUUUGAAAUUGACACAAGCUCUAAAUCAAACGGUGCCAUCGAAUCGUCUUCGUGAGGAUGUUGUAGUUUCACGGAGCUUCGUACAGACGUAACCUGUGCACUGAAGACGCCCCCGCACUUUGUUUCCUGUGAACUUAUUGGAGCAAAGAGACGCUGAAGGGGCAACAAGACGCCAAGUUAAACUGAGUUCCUCCGCUGCUGUGAAAGCAGACUGUAGUUUAUGCAGACUUAAAGAAAUGUGAUUAAAAGAGUAUUUGUUAUGAGCUGCAGUAGAAGCACACCCUGCGUGAAUGAUAAAAGGGAAGACAUUUCUGUGCAAAGAUUUGUUGCUGUCACAGAUCUUUCACUCAUUUUAACGUACAAAUGAGCAAAUCUGUAAAAUCAUAUAAAUGUUCUGUGGUGUUGAUAAUCUGAAUCCUGCUCUUGUUGCAACACGUCUCUGAAAUGCAACACCGCCGUGUUCUCCUUGCAGAGGCAGCACUGUGGGACUAUUGUUCUGUCUUAGCGUUUACUUCUUAUUGUAAAUAGAGCUUUUACAGAAAAUACUUUACUUCUUCGUUUUGCAAAUGUGCAGCUUUGAGUUUUUAAGCAUUUUGCACUUUAUCAGAAUAAGCAGAAAGAUGCAGGAACGUCAUAAUGAAUGAAUAAUCCCUUUGAGAGUUAAACUGUACAAACAUAUUGAAGUAUUUAUUGCAUCUUACAACUGACAUAUUGAUAAUAGAGCGUAAAUGCUGUUUAUUAGAGAAACUAUCUUUAUUUAGGAAACGGUUUAUUCUGGUUACUUUACAAACUCUCCAUCUUCUUCUGUCCGUUCCCCCCAUGUGUCGGUCCUGUCGUUGUACACGAUCAAGUAUAAAUCGUGCAGGAAAAUGCAACAAUGGAAGAAAAUGUUGCUUCUGUUUAGUCGUCACAUAAUGAUCAGAGAUUAAUCCCUCUGCAUGUUCCGUACAUUCUUUGCAAUGCACCAAUCCGUGUAUCCCUGCAAGAUUUAGACCCAGGCUCCGCUGUAGUUGUAGAAGUUACCGUGUAAUCAUUGAAGAGUGAAAGUUCAGGCAUGGACCCUCCAUGUCGCGUGUGUUCAUGACCUCCGACGGCCAAAGUGCAGAAAGAACCUUUUGUUUUCUUUGGAAAGCCACUGCUGUACGUUACAAGUGUCCUCCUCAUGCCUUGUGUCUUUUCUAUUGUUAAACUACAAUGCCAGCACAAACUCCAUAUUUAAUGUUAUCUUUUGUUAAUAAACAAUGUUUAUGAUGCCUUUCCCAACUGA